AUGGCCCAGGGUGUCGCCGCCAUCUUGUCCUCAACCUCCUGCUCAUCUAACCUGAUGCUGCAGUCUGUGUGUGACGUCAUGCACGUACCUCACAUCUUCGUGUCACGUGACACGUGUGACGUCACUCCGGACACAAAGUACACCCUGAGUAUGAACCCAGCGGCGUUUGAGGUGGACAGAGCUCUGUCUGAUAUCAUCAGGCAGCAGAGGUGGAGGACCAUGGUGGUCCUGUAUGAUGAUGAACAUGCGUUUAGCAGGGCCGAGACUCUCCUCCUAUUGACGCGGGGGAGAGUUCCAGAGAUCGUUCUCCUCCGGCUGCCAUCUCUCUCUAACGGCAGCGACACCAAAGUCACCCUGCCGAGACUCGAGAGAGAACCUGGGACUGAGGGAAGACAUCUGCUGAAACAUGCUGUUGUGCUCUGUACUGUGGAAAACACGAUCAGCGUGAUCAGUGAGGCAAAUAAGAUGGGCAUAUUCACCCCAGAACAUCACUGGAUAGUUUCUAAUGAGGAAGUCAGCGACCAUCACAUCAAGGCUCUCAACGUUUCCAAAGGCCGGCUGACUGUGGCGCGCAGGCAGAUUCCGGACACAGACUACAUGGACGACUUUCUACAACACUGGAAAUCUCUGCCGAGAAACGUCACGACUUCUGCAGUAACAAGUAUUCAUGACGUAAAAAUGACGGCUCUGUACAUGCACGAUGCUGUGCUGCAUCUUGCCCAGGCUGUCUACACUUUGUUCAAAAACAGGCAGUGGAUUGGACCCAAUAAAUUGAGAUGUUCCCUGGACGUGUCACUUCCGUGGUCUGGUGGAACACUCUUGAUGGAUGAGUUCAAGAAGCAAUCUGGGACAGGCGGUGUGCUGGGUAGUUCAAUCUUCGAACAAGUCAACUACCAUUCAUCUGUCCUGUCCACUUUGAAGUCUCUGCAAUCAGAACUUGCUGGCGAAAUUACCGACAACCCUUGGGAUAUCUGGUGGGAGGACGACGAUCUUUCAGAGCAGAACUUCUUCGAAGAAAUGAAGAAAAAGUCGGGGAUAAAAGGAAAGACGUUCAGAGUUGUAACAGUACUGGAACAGCCUUUCGUGUUUAGAAAGAACUCGUCUGAUGGCGUCACAUACAGCGGCUUUUGCGUUGACCUUUUGAAGGACUUGUCCGCCAUGUUGGAGUUCGACUUCUUCUUGUACGAAGUGCAUGAUGGGAGGUAUGGAAGCCUUCAGGACGACGGAAGUUGGAAUGGGAUGACCAGAGACAUUAUACAAGAAGAGGCUGACCUGGCUUUAGGGGCUCUCGCUGUUACAACAGAAAGAGAACAAGUGCUGGACUUCACCAGACUGUUCAUGGAGGGGUCCAUCGGUAUCCUCAUCAGAAAACAACCCAGACAUUCGGACUGGUUAACGAUACUCAAGCCUUUCCAUCUCAAGAUGUGGCUGUGCAUCAUCGGUGGAUUCGCAAUUGUCAGUAUUGUCUUGUUCCACCUACAACAUGCUGGAACAAACCGUAAGGGGGAAGAUCUGAACCUGAACGGCACUUCAGAUUCAACCCUAUCGGACACGGUUUGGUUUCUAUACAGCUCAUCUGUGAGGCAAGGCGGAGGGAUAUCUCUGCAGCGGGUGUCAGCCCGUAUCCUGACGGGCGUGUGGUGGCUGUUUGCCCUGAUUGUCAUCUCGUCUUACACCGCCAACCUUGCUGCGUAUUUAACGGUCACGAGACUACAGGCUCCCAUCACAUCUGUAGAGGAACUGUUGUCAUACGGCUCCUUAUCGUUCGGGGCAGUUCGACACAGCGCCGUGGUUGACUUUCUGUCCACGUCAGGCGUCCCGUCACACCAGACCAUGUGGUCUCUGCUCACUGCCAGUAAUGGUAGUCUUGUAUCAGACACACAAGAGGGAAUACGGAGUGUAAAACAAGAUUCCUACGCGCUGAUAGCGGAUCUUCCCAUCGUUCAAUACGCUGCGGACCGCGAUCCCACAUGCCAACUGUCUGUUAUCGACUUUGCCAAGUACCGAAGCGGCUACGGCAUCGCUUUUGGGAACGGUUCGGCAUUUACGGAAAUAUUUUCCAUGGCAAUCUUGAGACUGCAGGACUCCGGCAGGCUAGAUGAGCUGAGACAUCAAUGGUGGCCUGGCGAGCGCGGAAAGUGCCCCGUACUGACCAGUCUUCCAGAUGACGACACGUCUGGUUUCAGCGCCACUCUCACCCUGGAGAACUUUGCCGUGGUGUUCUGUGUUCUGAUAUUUGGAAUAGUCCUGGCCUGUGCGGUGUCUCUGUGUGACCUUCUGUGUAGAAGAGCAUGUAGACGGACCUCAGAGAAGUCCAAAUGUCAGGAGCUUAAUGGUGAUGUCCAGAUGGGUAAAUUCGACACCGCUCCGGACUCCUCACCAGACGUGUCUGUCCACAAGCAGGAGAACGGCGAGAUUCACAUCAUCGUCUCCUCCACGUCAUCAGACCAGUACCCUCCGGCACCCCCCACACCCUUCCCCGUCUCCAGGACGUACUGUGAGUGCUGCGGCGAGGUGAGGAAGAACAGAGACAGCCCCGUCAAAAGGAAGUACUGCUUCUGUUCCAGCCCGGGGAUACGGGACGGCAUAUGGACCACUGUUGGAACUAACAGUAGGACGGACACGGACCCAGAGAACCCGAAAAACGUUGCUGACUUCACUACAAAGCUUUGA